AUGGGAAGAAAACUCAGAGUCAUGCGUUCUGUCCAUAAAGAAAAGUUAAAACAAAAUUCAAAUCCUAGUUUGAAGAAUGUCAGUAAACCUAAGAAGAGACUUAACUUUGCUUCAAAAAGUGCACAAAAUUCUAAAGGUUUGUUUAUUGGAGAAAAAGCUGUUCUCAUGAAGAAGAAAAAGAAAGGACAGAAGAAAAGUAGACAAACUAAGACACAGAAAAAGCAGAAGUAA